AUGUCCAGGGAAACAUUUCAAUACAUCUGUCGCCGCCUGAAGCCUGCAUUGGAGAAAAUGGAUACAAAUUAUCGUGUAUCUGUGCCACUCCAAAAAAGAGUUGCUGUGGCGUUGUGGAAACUCGCUACUAAUGCCGAGUAUAGGACUGUUUCACAUUUGUUUGGAGUGGGCAUUUCAACUGCCUGUGACUGCGUGAAAGAGUCCUGCUCCUCUGUUGAAGAGAUCCUGUUGCCUGAAACCAUCCAGAUGCCAAACACGGAGAAGCUGAAAGAAAUGGCUCUUUACUUCGAGCACAGGUGGGGGUUACCACAAUGUGUAGGGGCUAUUGAUGGCUCACACAUCCCUCUUGUGGCUCCCCAGGAAUACCACACAGAAUAUUUCAACCGUAAGGGCUGGUAUUCCAUUGUAUUGCAGGCAGUAGUUGAUGGAAGAGGUUUGUUUUGGAACGUUUACACUGGGCAACCUGGCAGCUUGCAUGACGCCAGAGUUCUGCGUCUGUCUGCAUUAUGGGACCUGGCUGAGAGAGGACAGCUGUUUUCACAGCAACUCAGGAGCAUUGGUGGACAAGACAUUGGCCACUACAUCCUUGGAGAUGCAGCCUAUCCACUGGCAAGCUGGCUCAUGAAGCCUUUUCCGGACAAUGGCCACCUCACUCAACAGCAAGAGGUAUUCAACCACAAAACAAGCAAGGCAAGGGUUGUGGUUGAAAACACAUUUGGCAGGCUCAAAGGAAGAUGGAGAUGUUUGCAGAAGCGCAAUGACUGCAGUCUUGAGAGAGUAAAGUCUAUGGUGCUAACCUGCUGUGUACUUCACAACCUCUGCGAGAGCCAUGAUGAGGAGUACAGAGAGGAGUGGGGUGUACCUAUCCCUUUUUCCCAGCCAGAUCUGCCACUGCAGCCCCCCAUCGCAGAGACUGAAGGAACUGGAGUGCGUGCAACCUUGAUGCAUCAUCUUAACUGUGUGGCUGAUGUAUAA